AUGGAGACCUUGUUUGUCUACGUCACAUAUCAUUAUGGGCCGAAGUUGGCUUCAAUUACGUCUGCCAAAGUCUGGAACUCAUUACCGACUGAUUUGAAAGAUGUUACCGCAAUUUUAGUACGGCUGGUUUCACGUUCAUUAUUAUCUCAAGACGAAAAUCCGAAUAACUACCUGAGUUAUAAUGCAGAUGAGGGUUUGCCAAUCGGGGGAGAAAAUUACAUUCUCGAGAAGGACAGUUGGGCUCAACAAGUAUUUGGUUGGGUUCGUGGGGCACAGACAAGAGUGAGAAACCAGUGUUGUAAUUCAAAGAUCCAUAUUUCUGACGCCAGUGUUGAAGCUUGCACUAUCAUCAAGUUAUCGUUAUUUCGAAGGUUCAAGAUCUCUGAUAGAUAA